AUGGGUGGUUGUACCGAGUGGUGCCUGUUGAGCCGGAAGAACAAAAUGCAAACCAAUUCUCUGCUGGGCGGAAUUGCAACUCUAGCGUUGGGUGGAGUGUUCGUUGGGUCUACAAUUUUCAAUAUCCACCUUCGGCUGCAGGGCUGGGCCAGUGCUGAGACAGAAGCCGUGGUACUAUUCGUGAUAAUUCUGUUCUAUGUUGGAGCGAUCAUUGGAUCUUUCAUCGGUGCCGUCCUCGUGGAUCGACUGGAAAAGCUAGCUCUAUCGAGAUUUUACUUCGUGGGAAUGGGAAUCGCAUGCAUUCUGCAAGUUAUCGCGCCCACAACGAUCAUAGUAAUCGGAUUUGCUCGAAUCAUAGCAGGCGCUGCGUUCGGAAUGGCCUACUUGAUCGUUCUGGUUCACGGUGGAGAAGUGUUGGUCCGAGAGCUUCGAGGCGUUACCAUGGCUGCGGUGAACUACAUUCUCUUUGUCGGAAUUCUGAGUCAUGGCGCCAUCAGUCCCAUUGUACUGUCCAACUACGCUGUUCAACCGGUACGGAUCGUCGGAAUCAUUGGAGCCAUGUGCAUCCUGAUCGCCGUCGCCAUCGGGCAGUUCAUGAGCUUCGAAUCGCCCGUCUACUUGGUGCGGAAGAACCGUGACAUUGAAGCUAUUCGAACGUUGAUGAAGCUUCGAAUGGAAACUGCGGAGUCGUCUGAAAUACGACUGGCAUUUGUUGACAUCAAGAGUAUGCUUCAGGAGGAUUCUUACACGUCACGAAGGAUUCUGGCCGAUGGAAAUUGGUUCCCGUUGCUGUUGACCUCCAUGGGGAAGAUUGCAGCGGUGUUGUCCUUCAACGCUGCUGUGAACCACGUUCGACUAACCGUUCUCGAUAAGGUCUUCAAUCUGGAAGAGUACAGCAUCUCUGCAGUGAUCAUCGGUGCAUUUAGGAUCACAUUCGGCAUCGUAUUCCUCUUCACGGUGGACAAAUACGGUCGAAAACCGCAGCAGGCAUUGUCAACGUUCCUCAGUGGAACGUUACUGCUAGCGAUGGGAGUAGUCUACCUCAUAACGGAGCACGUCUACCGGAACGCCGUGCUGGCUGUGUUCCUGAUCUACGAUUUGAUAGCUUGCGCCGGAGUGACGCUGGUGCCGGACAUACACCUCUCGGAAGCAUUUCCGACCACGAAGAAACACAUGUCUAUUGCGGUGGUGUUAAUGGUGGAAAACGUCGCCCAAGUGAUAAUACUUGCCAUUGAUUUUUGGUACGACUAUACCGAUCCGGAAAUCUACGGGCCCGUAUUGCUGGCGUGCGGACUUCCGAUGGUGAUGAUUAGCGUUUUCCUGUACCAGAUGCUACCGGAAACGGCCAAGUUGAGUCUCAGACAAACUAGAGCAGUGUUUGCAAGGAAUGCUGAGGUUUUCAAAUCGGACCAAAAGCCAGACUGCGACAGUGUAGGUGGUCGUUCACAUUGA